UAUGUCUGGACUUGUUUCAAGAACACCUGUAGUAGACAUGGGAACCCCAAUGCUGUAUUUGUAAUAUUUGUUUAUGUUACAAACUAGCCCAUGGAAACCGCCGGGAUCUACAGUAUAAAAAGGCACUAAACUUAAACAACAGUCACAACGGGCUGUCUAAACGUAAAAGGCAGACCUAAUAGUUGAUUUUUUAAAGUUUCAUUAGCUACACAGAAAAAAAUGAAGAUAAAUUCAAGUGGUUUUGUCUGUUUUGCUUUUGCUGUUUUCUUGCACAGUACAGAUGCCGCCAUCACAGAAUGGACAACUCCUACUAUAGCAUCAGUGGCAAGUGGAAGUGGAACGCUAACUGUUUCCGAAUCCCAAGCUAUUUCAACAACAAUAACAACAUAUGUUGCCGUCACGGAUGCAUCUACUGUUACCUACGCAUUGGGCUCUGCAGUUUCUCCUUUUGCCUUGUCCUCAACUGGUGUAUUGACGAUCACUGCAAACCUGGACGCCGAUACAACCGCCUCUUACACGUUAGAUGUGGUAGCUACAGAUGAUGCAACACCAGCGGCGUCAGGUACAGCCACCAUAGCAGUCACAGUAACUGAUGUCGACGUGGCACCAGAAUUCGGUUCAGCUUCUUACACUCAAUGUAUAGCUGACGGAUCUGCUGCUGAUACGACUCUAAUAACUGUCCUUGCAACCGAUUCUGACCCUGGAGAUACGAUUACACACAGUAUAAAUUCUGGUGACUCGAACUCUCAUUUCAAAAUUGAUGCAUCAACAGGCGUUAUACAGGUGAACACUGGUGAGACCCUCGCCAUGGCAACAACUGCAAGCUACACGCUUGUAAUUCAUGGAGUUGACAAUGAAUCACCAGCUAAAACAGGAUCGACAACUGUGUCUGUGACAGUUGCUGCCGACUGUAACAACGCAGCAGCUCUAGGCGUCAGCGUUAGUGCAGUUCUAGUAACCAUGCUUAUGUCCAUUCUAUAAGUAAAACGAAUAUGUGGUCAGAUGUUACAAGAACAUUUUUAUAAUGGAAAGAUUUUGUUUAUAAUAUUGGUAUAUUCCGGAGUCACAUUAUAUUUGAAGAUCAAUAAUGUCUAGAAUUCAUUUCCAGCAGUAGCAUUUUUUAAAGUUUUAUUAAGAUUUAAUACUGUUUAAAAUAACAAUUUAGCUAAACAUUAUGUAUUUUAUGGGUACCAAAUAAUUUUCUUGACAACCAGUCAAUCGAAAUCGGAAAGGACAUUUUUAUAUUUUUAUAUGUUUUGUAUUAGUUCUUUAGGUGAGAUGACACAAGUAGAUCUGGAUAUAAAAUAUAAAUUGAAACUUAUUAUUUCACUAACUUUUAUCAGUAAGACACUAUGCGGUGCUAUCCAAAAUAGCAUACAGGUACAGCGCACACUUUCAAGUAACAUUGUAAACUCUUAAAUGUCGUUUUAAAUAGUUUUUGCAGUAUUUGCAAAUACAAAUAGAUAAAACAGUAUCCAGAUUUCUUCGUCUACUCCCUUUAGUACAAUGUGUGCUGUGUGUAAUUAUGUUUGUCGUACUAACGGUUAUUUGUCCAGAAAUGAUUCAGUAAUGAGAUACUAUUGUAUCGACAGUUGAGUCGUUUCCCAGUUCGAGCUAUUUGCUUUGCUGUUCCUGCAUUUUAAACGCUUUUUUAGAUUUCAAAUAUUUUUAAUUGUUCCCUCAAAAAAGAAGUUGUUAGCAUUUAUUCUGACUGAGAUGUUUUUAAACUAUGUGUUUUUAUAGUUUCGAAAUACAAGUUAUCAUGUCCUGGAUUCAAACGUAAAACCAACUUAAUGUAAAACUAGCAUCCAGUUGCUUAAGUUUGACAAUUUAUUUAUUGUCAAGUCAUCGGAACCAACGCAAAUAAUUAUCUGUAUAAAUUAUUAAUGUUCAGUACUCUGUAAGUUUUACUUUUUCCUUUUCUUAUGUGGAAGAAAUAAAAUAUUGGGAACAAUAAA